AAACUUGCAAAGAAACUUGCAACCUGCAUACGCAAAUUUAUUCAGGUGACACUAUACGUUUGUCUCCAAUCAUUUCUUUUGACGAUUUUUCCCCCCAGAAAAUGGCGAAUCACCGCAUGGAGGCCGACUCUGAUCCUAUGUGGAGGAUUAGUCCCCGUCACAUAAAAUUUGAAGAUCUCAUACUCAUCAGUCUAAAUCAUGUGUCGCAAGGAAGUUGGCAGCCUGAGUUACAACUUCGGCGACAGAUGCGGGGUGCAUCCAGCAGAGCUUGACAAUCCUGAGGCUCGUUUCAUUUUGGGGUGGGAGACGGUGUCUAAUUCAAAUUUCUCAGGCUCACUUGGAGAGUUCACUUCCCUCGCUGCCGAGAGUUCGAUUUCUUAUCUCUUGCGCAAUCUCAUAUGCUUCCGUCACACCGGACCAAUAUUUCUUUCCAACUUUGCCAACGGCGGCCACUACUCGCGUGCAGAUUCAUUCUAUUGCAAGCCAUUACACUUUCCUCUUCCUCCGUAUUCAAUGUUGUGCAUCAUGCUUU